AUGGUGCGAGAAGGAAUAGGUUUGGGCCAUAAAAUUUCCUACAAGGGAAUUGAAGUUGACCAAGCCAAAGUGGAAGUGAUAUCUAAACUUCCACCUCUGGUAAACGAAAAAGGUAUCAGGAGUUUCUUAGGACAUGCGAGUUUUUACCACAGGUUCAUAAGAGAUUUCUCUAAGGUAGCCAAACCGCUAACCACUCUAUUGGUUAAGGAUAAGGCUUUUGUGUUCGAUGAUGAAUGUGCCGCAGCUUUUGAGACAUUGAAAAACAAAUUAGUGUCGACACCAAUUGUAAUUGCCCCAGACUGGUCUCUCCCGUUUGAGAUCAUGUGCGAUGCUAGUGAUAUUGCUGUAGGGGAAGUUCUAGGACAUCGAAGAGAGAAGCUUUUACAUGUUAUUUACUAG